UUCGGACAGCCAAGUGAUGAUAUCGUGCUGAUGCACUUCCCUCUUGGCAAGGUGCCUCUAAUGCACUACUACGUAUGCACAAGUGCGGAACACGAAAAAGUCUUGGCUAAAUACGUUGAAUGGCGCCUGAAACUUCACAGUAUUCGUCCAAACACAAAGGAAGCGCCUCUAUUCUUGACAUUCCAUGGCGCACGAAUCACCAAAGUGACCGAAUCAAUACGGUCUCUUAUGGCCAAAUUCCAAAUACCGCUUUGGCCGAAAUGGAGCUGCACAAUGACGAGACAUGCGGGAGCGAAGCCUCGAAACACAUUUGCGAGUAAGUUCUGA